UUCUAAUUUGCACUAGAAAUAUGAUUUCUGAAGGUUUUAGCAGACAUGAUUGGCUUACCCUGUCGAAUUGCCAAAGGAUGUAAUUAUUGUACUAGAGAUGAUGCAUCCUCGUGUCUUGUUCGAUUUGGACUCGACAGGGAGUAUCUUGUUGAUUUGGUGGAGAAGCCCGGAUGCUUGUGUGAGCCAGAUGCAUUGUUAAAUGGUCCUUCCAUUUCAAUUUUUUCACACGCUCCGAUCUUUUGCACUUGGCGAGUUUUAUUAUUGUACAGGCAAAGGGGAUGAGCUAUCUUCAUAAAUGCAGUCCUCCCAUUGUUCAUCAUGACUUAAAAUCUCCUAAUCUUUUAGUUGACAGAAAAUAUA